AUGGCUUCCCACCCUGAAUUCGGCCACGACACCAAGGCUACUGAGGUAGCAGACGCCUUCCCCAGCCAAAUCAAGGGCCGCGUCGUCCUCAUCACCGGCGUCUCCCGCGGCGGCAUCGGCGGCGCCGCCGCGCUCGCCUUCGCGCGGCACAGCCCCUCCCUCCUCAUCCUCGUCUCGCGCACGCAAUCCAAAAUCGACGAGGUCGUCUCCGACAUCCACGCCAUCGACCCGUCCGUCCCCGUCAAGACCGUCCUCGUCGACCUGACCUCGCAGGCGUCCGUCCGCGCCGCCGCCGAGAAGAUCCAGGCGCUGACGCCGCGCAUCGACGUGCUCGUCAACAACGCGGGCAUGUACGUGUCGAAGCGCGGCUACUCGCCCGAGGGCAUCGAGCGGCAGCUGGCUGCGAACCACGUCGGGCCGUUCUUGCUGACGAACCUGCUGCGCCCGCAGUUGCUCGCCGCGGCGAAGGACGCGGCGCCCGGCGCGACGAGGAUCGUUAAUGUGAGUAGUGAGGGGCACCGGAUGCAGCCGUUCCGGUUUAGCGACUACAAUGGGGAGAAGGUGGUGCAGGAGGAGUUGCCGGAGGAGGAGCGGGUGAACCCGGCGAUGAAGGACCACCUGCCGCCGUGGGUGUUGGAGCCGGAGGAGGGGUACGUUGCGUUUUUGGCGUAUGGCCAGAGCAAGACGGCGAAUGUGCUGUUUUCGGUGGGACUGAAUGAGAGGUUCAAGGGGACCGGGGUGGUGUCGUAUGUGCUGCAUCCUGGAACCAUCUUCACCGAGGUGCUGAGGGACACUGCGCAUCAGAAGGACAAUGUCGAUGCGAUGAUGAACGGACUGAACCCCAAGGCCGGCGUCGACGAGGGCGCGGCUACGACGUUGGUUGCGGCGAUCGAUCCGGCGCUUAAUGAGCUGAAAGAGAGCAUCUACUUGGAUGAUUGCCAGAUCAACAAGGCGGAGCCUUAUGCGAUCGAUCCGAAGAAUGCGGACAGGCUUUGGAAGCUGAGCGAGGAGCUGGUGAAGCAGACUUUCUGA